AUGGGAUCCAUGUCUUUAUCAGACAACGACUAUGAGGCGUUGCGAUCCCCCGAUUCCUUAACCUCAACACAGCGGCGCACUAAAUGGGCGCUAAUAUUCAGCCUCGCCCUGGCGUCGUAUAUCUAUUCACUCGACAGCACAACAACUUACACUUACCUCUCAUACGCUACCUCGGAAUUCGGACAUCAUAAUCUAUUAGGGUCAAUACAAGUCGCGCAGGGAAUAAUCAUCGCGGUCGGGAAGCCUGUAAUUGCAAAGACUGCCGACGUUGGAUCGCGGGGGACCGCAUAUUGUUUAGUUUUGUUGUUUUAUGUUCUCGGUUAUGCUGCUAUCGCCACCGCACGGAAUAUAGAGACUGUGACUGGGGGAAUUCUCGUCUAUGCAAUCGGUUUCACGGGACUGCAACUAUUAACUCAAGUCGUCAUCGCGGACGUUACUACUCUCAAAUGGCGGGGGUUCUUCGUCUCCCUCAGCUCACUCCCCUUCUUAAUAAAUGGAAUCAUUGGGUCGAACAUAUCAGCAGCAAUAAUCGAACGUGCAGGGUGGCGAUGGGGGUACGGAAUGUUCAUCAUUGUGAUACCGCUGGGGCUUGUGCCUCUCAUUUACACAUUACAUACCACCGAGCAUGACACCCGGAGACGAGCAGCUCCAGCAAAGAAUUCUCUCUCGCAGAGAUUGCUCGAUCUUGCCGAUGAACUGGAUGUUAUUGGGCUUAUCCUUAUCGGUCUAUCGACCUCUUUAAUUCUGCUGCCGCUCUCAAUCGCGCAACAUACGGCUCAUGGAAUCAAAGGUGGCUGGGCACCCUUCUUGUUCCUGUUGGGAAUACUAUUCAUUCCGGUCUUUGCUUGGUGGGAUUUUAAGCAUGCGAAGUCGCCUGUGAUCCCAUUUCGUUUCGUUGUUAAUCGAAGUGUUGUCGGUUCCUCUUUGAUAGGCGCUCUCGAUUUUAUGGCAUUUUACCUCACGUUCACAUAUCUUUAUUCUUUCGUCAUUGUCGUCAAAGAUUGGAAACUUGUCAAUGCGACCUACUUUACCCAGAUUCAGAGCUUGACAAUGACUGCAUGCAGUUUCCUCACUGGGAUCUACAUGCACCGCUACCGGCGGUAUAAGUCUCUCCUUGUCAGUGGCUUGAUUGUGCGGCUGCUAGGUGUUCUUCUCAUGCUUCGCGCCCGUGGAACCAGUGGAUCAACCUUGGGGCUCAUUGCGACCCAGAUAUUGCAAGGAGUAGGAGGAGGAAUUGCUUCGUUAGCAACUCAUGUCAGCGCCCAAGCAUCCGUCACUCCAAGUGAUGUUGCGAUGUGUACUGCAGUUGUGCUACUCGUGACAGAGUUUGGAGCGGCCGGUGGUGGUGCGAUUGCGGGUGGAAUCUGGAGUAAACAGAUGCCAGAACGCCUUGCCCACUACCUACCGUCUCUCCCACAAGCCGAACGGGACGCGCUCUUUGGCUCUAUCAUCGAGGCAGCGGCUCGGCCAUUAGGCGAUCCUGUUCGCGAAGGCGUGAUUUAUGCUUACAGCGACACCAUGAAAUCCAUGGUCCUUGCCGCUUUCUUCGUGAGCGUAUUACCUGUGCUAAUCUCACUUUGUAUGCCGGAUUGGUACCUCGGGGAGCAACGUAGCGCCGUUGUGGUCAUUUACGUAAUCUAUCUGAUGCCCACUCUUUCCUUCCACCAUGUCCUGAUUCCUGCGGUCCUCAUUCGUGUUGCUCUCAUUAUCUAUAGCGAGUGGAUCGACAACUCGGAUUCAGUCGUAAAAUAUACCGACAUCGACUACCGGGUGUUUAGUGACGCGGCCCGUUUUCUUUUGCGCGGAAACGAUGCACAAGGAACAUUCAAACUCGGUGUGGGCGAUCCCUAUAACCGAGAGACUUACCGGUAUACACCGCUGCUUGCGCUGUUAUUGACGCCGAAUGAAUGGCUUCAUCCUUCAUUUGGCAAAUACUUGUUCGCGACAUGCGACAUCUUUGGCGGCUUGCUAAUAUACGAUCUUCUGGCUACCUGCAUUCAACCCCUAUCAUCACCACCGACUGCCACUUUGUUCAGCGCGUUACAUCUACUCAACCCGCUUGUAUUUGCUAUUUCGACGCGGGGGUCGUCGGAAGCGGUUCUCUCUCUAUUUGUACUCUUCACGUUACAUUCGGCGCUCAAAGGAAGAUGGAAUGCUGCCGCCAUUGCGUUGGGUGUCAGCGUUCACUGGAAAAUAUAUCCAGUAAUCUAUGGGGUAGCUUGUUUGGGUGUCGUUGGCGGUUCGAGUUUGCUAAGCUGGCGAGCAGUGCGGUUUACCGUCCUCAGCGCAUCCACUUUCUUUGCGCUAGGCCUGGCAUGCUACUCUGUCUGGGGAUACCCUUUCCUUUACGAGUCGUACUUCUACCACUUGCACCGGCUUGACCAUCGGCACAACUUCUCGCCCUAUUUCUACCUUAUCUACUUGACCUAUCCGGCGUUUGGCCAGUCUACUGCGACCAAUGUGUCAUUCUGGAGUCGUGUUCUUCAGUCGCCAUUAACCAGUUUUGUGCCCCAAAUGUCCCUGGCAUUAGGGGCGGGCCUGGUUUUCGGACGGCGAAGAGAUGACCUCCCGUUCGCCUGGUUCGUUCAGACCACGGUAUUUGUCAUCUUCAAUAAAGUGUGCACAUCGCAGUACUUUUUGUGGUACCUGCUUCUGCUCCCGUUGCUACUCCCGCGGCUUCAACUAUCGCGUGGCAAAGUUGUUGCCUAUCUCGCAGUCUGGGUUGGAACACAGGCGUUAUGGUUGAGCGAGGCGUAUAAGCUUGAGUUUCUUGGGGGAAACGUAUUCUUUGGGGUGUGGGUCAGAGGACUCGUGUAUGUCGCUGGAAAUUGUUGGGUGCUGGCGGGCAUCAUGGACGGAUACAAACAAGUACUUUAUUGA